AUGAACAACAUAGUAAAAGGAAACUUAGUUUGCUGUAAAGUCAGCGAUGCUAUCGCUUCUACUAUUCUAAAAAAACGGGUUAUUUGUGGAUCAUCUGUAUCUACUGCCUUGCAAGCAAGAUAUAACUCUUCACAACAGGGACACCCUCUAAGAAAGGCUGAAUUUACAACAGCUGGAAAGAAGAGGUCUGGAUCCCAAAAUAAAGGGGGCUCUAAGUGGAUCUCUGUGGGUAUCUUUGGAACUUCUUUUAUAAUUGGAUGGUACUUUACUCAACAUAUGACCUUUGCCGAUUUAAUGGCGUGGUGGAGAUACGAUAAAUUGCCAGUUGACUCUGAUCAAGUUAGAAACUAUAAAUCGUCGUUGGAGUAUCGUGCUGAAAAGCUAUCCAUUAUUAAUCAGUUAAAGACUGAAGAUUAUUUGGAAAUAAUACCAACCUCAAGUAAAAGUGUUGGUUUGAUUGAUGACGCCUUAAGCAGUCCUGGUGCAAUUGCUAUUCCACCAAAAUUCUAUUAUAAUCCAAAGACAAAGAAUAUCGUUGGUGUCUAUCAUUUAGGAAUGAAAUUGACAGGCUAUCCAUUUAUUGUCCAUGGUGGUAUAUUGGCCACUAUAAUGGAGGACUUAAUGAGGCAAGGAGUACAAUUGGUAAAAAGUAGUGAAACGGAUUCUUCAACUAUUGAAAAAACAAAAAAAUUGCAAAUUAAUUACAAGUUCCCAACUUUUGCUAAUCAGUUUGUUAUCGUUAGGACAACAAAGGUCGAAGAAUUUGGCAAGAAUUUGAAAUUGCAUGUUGAAGUAGUGGAUCAAGACGAUAAUAGAGUAUUAGCUAAAGGUAAUGGGAUUUUCACUGUUCAAUGA